AAUGACUGCUAAUAAUGGAUUCGGUAAGCUGUAGUAACAAUAACUGCCAUUGCAUUUGGUAAGCUGUAUUAAUAAUGACUGGUUUAGGCAGGUAAUCAUUGACCAAGGUUAUUGGGCGUACAAGGAAAUCUGUUCCGUGUGUUUCGUGGGAACUAUGGCUGUGAAAGCUCCGCUUUUAAGCGAGAUUCAAGAGCUAUCUGGACCGGCAGGCGAGAUAAAAUUGUACCUUUCUGAGACGUCGAGGCGAUUCGUACAAUGGGUUCCGUCUGGAAGGGUAUUGCUGCAAUUACCCUGCGCUAGAGAAUCGCGAGAAUGGGUGAACGAACAAGAAUGGACAAUCACUUCCCAUGAGCGUCACUUACGAUCACCCUGGGAUGUCUCCAUUUUCAGAGUUCCGAACUUCCUCAAACAAUCAACAAAACGAGGAGCCUAUGUUCCUAAAAUCGUUUCCUUGGGUCCUUACCAUCACAGUAAUGAACACCCUUUUCCAAUGGACAAGCAUAAAGGAAGAGCCCUUCGUAGAAUGAUGGCGAGGUUCAAUAUUAACCACGCCAAGGAUCCAACUGAUAAGGAAUUCUUCUUUUCUGCAAAAGAUGAGAUCUUAAAGCUGGAGGACAAAAUUAGGAAGACCUACGAAGAAAAAAUCGAGUGCGAUGCAGAGAUCCUGGCCUUGAUGCUAAUUGAGGACGGUUGCUUCAUUCUGGAAAUAUUGAGGACUCUGGGUGGUGAAAUAUUCCCUGUAAUGGAAUCGGGUAAUUGCUAUGAACCUAUUUUUGAGAGAAACAAGAUUGAUUAUACCGGAUUUGAUAUACUGACUGACAUUUUGAUGCUUGAAAAUCAAAUCCCCUUGAUCGUUCUCCGAAAGCUGCUUGAAUUGGAGCUCAACCGACUAGAUAAAGUCGGGACAAAGCUUUUCAGAGUGCUAGUGAAAUCUCCAAGUUCAAAAUUCUACCCUUUCAAAUACGAUGUUGAUACCUGGUCCUGGCCGCAGCAGCAAUUUUCGCAUCCACAGGUGCAAGAGCAACAGGUAGCAGAUGAAGAACAAGCUCAUCAUCUACUGGCUUUGUUGCACGCCCUCAUUGUGUCUCCACAUCAUCUUGAUCUUGAUCAUGCAUAUCACACCGAACCAGGCACCCCGAACAGAGCCUCGAAUGCUGUGAGACGCAUCCCCCGUGCAGUGGAGUUAAGAAAUGCUGGGAUCAAAUUUGAGAGCUCACUUGGAGGCAUCAAAGAGAUUAAAUUUGAGCAGAAGAGUGGCACCAUUUAUCUUCCUCCCAUCCAAAUCACAGAUUACACAGAGGUGCUUUUCCGUAACCUAAUCGCUCUUGAGCUGUGCAAGGCAUCUGAAAUCAAUUACGUGACGUGCUACCUGAGUUUGAUGGACCAGUUGAUCGACUCAGAAGAAGACGUGGGUCUUCUCAGGAAAAGUGAGAUCGUCACAAACUAUCUUGGGAGUGAUGCAGCGGUUGCCGAGCUCCUUAAUGCUCUAUGCAAUGGAGUCACCCUCAGUCAGACAGAUGCCUUCCAGGAAUUGAAAGGACAAGUGUAUAAGCACUACAAAAGUAAAUUCAAGGUAUGGCUCGCAGAGCUUGUGAAGGAACAUUUCUCAUCGCCUUGGACAACUUUAGCUUUGGCCGGGGCAAUUCUUGCACUGUUGCUCACAGCUCUGCAAACUAUCUUCACAAUAAUCUCAGUACUAUAUAAGUAAUCCCUCAGCUGUUUGUUUAAUUUUUCCAAUUGGCCUCGUUAUCGUUGUGAUUAUGAUGGUGAUAGGAUAGGGAGCUCAUCUAUAGUGAUUUUUAUCCUAGUGUAUCCUGUUGGCUGUAGCAAGUAGUAAACUGUUGAGGAUGAAUUCAGUAGACCAGGCACUUGAAUACUGUUUAAGCUAAGUAUUUUGGAGUUGCUUCCAUAUCUUACAUGUAUUUUUCUUCAUCAAAGAAGAGAAGCAAGUUUCAGAAAUACCCAAAGCAGUUGGGAAUUGGGAAACAUUGAGCUUUUUGUUUUGUUUCCAUUUUUCAUGCUUCUCGUUGGAAAUAAUGUUUGUUUCUACAACUUAUUGCUUGUUCCUUCAUGGAGCAUUAAAUAUAAUAGCUGCUCCACCAUCA